CGCAAUGCACACAGACGGUCGCGCCGCGUAGCGGCCAGCGAGAGCAAUAUCUCAAAGAGUAUCGGCGCAGUGUUACCGUGUGGCUAUGCUUGUGCAGACGCGUUUCUGAUUUGUUAACAGCUGCUAUCUACGCCAUGGGUAAACAAAUUAAAAGCAACAGAAUGUGUUGCGUGCCUCAGUGCACCAACCGAGCGGCGAAGGAUGCGAUAAGCCUUCAUUCGUUUCCGCUGGACGCGCGCCUUAAAAAGACCUGGGUGGUGAAGCUCCGGAUCGGCAAGCCUGUGACGCCGCCAAUGAAGGUUUGCAGCGCACACUUCGUCACCGCAGACUUCUUCUGGAGCAGCAUCGACCCCAACGUGUGGACGCCUACUCGAAGACGGCUGAAGAAGAAUGCUGUGCCUUCACAGAGCUUGCCCACAAGAAGUCAUGACAAAAAGGACUUGUCAAGGAUACAGGAAGCAGCAGAGCGAAGUGCCCGUGCUUCUGCUAGACAUAGUCAUGGUGCAAGAGCAUGGCCAGGAAACUGCAUCGCAGCCUUGCCCUAGUGGUGCAACUGGUACAGCCGUUUGCACAUUAGACCAGGAGGUGGCAGAAGCCCUUGUUCAGCUUUCGCAAGACGUACCAGACUUGUGUACAGAAGACAAGGGCAUCCAGGUCGAUGCGGAAUCUCUUGUGGGGAAAAGGCUUAGGCUUAUUGACCUACUCACAUCGGACAGCAUUGUCCUUGCCUUUACUGGUGUGACAUCAAUGAAUCUGCUAAUAACAAUUAGUAAUGAAGUGGGCAGAAUUGAACAUGUAGCCACUGAAAUGUCUACACUUGAACGUGUUAUUCUCGUUCUUGUCCGCCUAAAAACUUGUUUACCGUUUGUGUGUCUGGCCCCCCUAUUUUGUGUGAGCAGAACAACUGUCGCUCGCCACUUUUAUGGCACACUUCGUUAUCUUGCAGCAGUUCUGGAAGCCGCUAUUCCAUGGCCAGACAAACAGCAGAUUGCAAGUAAUUUGCCACAGUGCUUUGAAGAUUACAAAGAGGUUCGUGUUGUGCUAGACUGCACUGAGGUUACAGUAGAAAAGUCGCACUGUGCAUCCUGUCGAAUUCUAACUUACUCGCAUUAUAAGGGAACGCACACAGCAAAGCUUCUUGUUGGUGUCUCACCUGCAGGUUUAAUCACUUUUGUGAGCUGUGGCUUUGGAGGCCGCGCAUCAGAUAGAGCAUGCGUCGAAAAAUCUGAA